UGUCCUGAAGUGUCCGUGCGCACAGCAAUUCAAAGCACGGUUAAGUGCUACUGUAAGUCACAUGCACAAUCUGAUACACUUUCCAACGAUUUAUCGCUACUUUCCAAUGGCAAUCAUAGCUUACCCUCGACAGCUCAAGCCGCAGCUUACUACUGCAAAACAAUGACGUGGAGGAGAGAGAAUAUGGGCAGAUGGCUUGCUAACGAUGUCACGAAAAGCGGUACUGCAAACCUUCAGAUGAUGUUUGGCCCUAGCGGUACGGCGGACUGUAUCAAGUCCUUUUAUAAUUGUGAAUAUUUGCAAUCAUGCGAAUGGUCAUGUUAUCAUUGGUUGUCCUUUUGUGCGAACCUAAGCUUCUUGGUAGCUCUUUUGCUGCCUAUUAUCGCCCUGGUAGCUAACACCGGACGAUUGGCCCGCGUUCUGGGGCUUAGUGCGCUCAUACUUCUCUUGGAGAGAAGUACGCGAUGGAGUCGGAUGGAGGAUAUUCACGUGCCACUUUACAGAAGUCCUUGUCUGCGCCGCAUGAUUCACUCUCGUACCAGGCUGCAGCACUGCGCGGUGACCCGAGUGACAAUCGCGCCCGAAGCCGCACAAAAACGGAGCAUCCGCCAUAUGGAUAACUUUGAGAACAUAACAAAUCUAGUACGACCCAUAGAAUGACUUUUGGUUGAUCCUGUAGAGAUUUGAUAUCUAACUAUUGUGGUUUCCCCUGGGCCGUCAUAUC